AUGGAUACUUAUCAGGACGAUUUCAAAUGGUCCUUCGAAGCCAAGCGCCCAUUGAAAGUGAUAGUUGUGGGCGCUGGUAUUGCUGGCUUGUCGGUAGCUCUAGGGCUCAAGAAGACCGGACAUGAAGUUCUUAUCCUAGAACGCGCGCACGAGAUCGCAGAGGUAGGGGCUGGCAUUCAGGUGGCUCCUAAUGCCGCUCGCAUUCUCGGUCGCCUAGGUUUGCUGGACAAGGUUAUGGCAAAAGCGAAUGUCCUGGAGAAGAAUUCCCUGCGACGCUAUGCAAACAAUCAGGAACUCGGAACAGCGCCUCUGAUGCCCGAGGUCGGUAAGAAGUACCACGCACCUCUAGCAGUCAUCCAUCGAGGAGAUCUGCAAAGUAUCCUAGUGGACGGGAACAAGGCCGCUGGGGUUGAAAUUCGGACAAGUUCGCGUGUUGUGCGAGUAGCCGAUGACUUCGAAGCCAAGGUGCAGCUGGAGUCAGGGGAAUGGAUCUCCGGCGAUGUGGUGAUUGCGGCGGACGGGAUCAAGUCAGAUAUCCGGCGACAGAUCGCGUCCCAUCACGGCGUCCAUGACACAGUCCUGCCAACUGGCGAUGCAGCCUAUCGAAUCCUGAUCCCAAAAGAGAAGAUGCAGGGGGAUCAGCGUGCAUUGGACUUACUGAACAGUAACGUAGGCAUGCGGUGGAUGGGACCAGGCGGGCAUAUCAUGGCAUAUCCCAUUAAAAAGAACACAGUAUACAACAUGGUCCUGCUACAUCCUCAGAAGGCUGAUUCACCCAAUGAGGAGAGUUGGACGAAGAAAGGUGAUAAGCAGGAGAUGCUGUCAUUCUACCAGAAUUGGGAUGACUUGGUGCGCAGCCUGCUCAGUUAUGUUCCGGAUGGCGAGGUGAUGGAGUGGACGCUGAAUUCCCACAUGCCCUUGCCCUCAUGGGUCGAGAAUAAAUGCGUCUUGAUGGGUGAUGCCUGCCACCCGAUGCUUCCAUAUGUGGCACAAGGUGCUGCGCAAGCCAUUGAAGAUGCAGCGGUCCUCACCUGCGCGCUUUCUUUAACCGAUUCGGUUCCCACAGCGCUUUCUGUAUACGAAAUAGUGCGCAAAGAGCGGGCAGAACGCAUUCAACAGAGCGCGGCUGUGACUAGGAAGGCUUUGCAUUUACCAGACGGUGAAGAACAACGCAAGCGUGACGAGGCUAUUCGAGGUCCAGGCAGAAACCCAGAUCUCUGGGCAGAUCAUGCCUGGCAGGAUUUCAUGUGGGGAACGGACAUUAUGAAGGAGACAUUAGACAACUGGGAUGAUCUGGUAGCCCGCCAGCAUGGGUAUCAUUUACAUUCGGUGCGCGGUAUGGGGUAUUAA